GCUCUUGUUUGUCUACGUUUGUAACCGUAAAUCCCAAAAUCAACUUUCCGCCACGGAAUGGGGAAACAUGAAUCUGACAACCGCAUUUUCUUGUUCUCUCUCCUCCUCCGCCGUUACUUCUCUUUCCUCCGCCGCACUCAACCGGAACAACAACAACAACAAGUAUACAUCUAACACACGUACAUGCACUUCCUUUUCCUUCCGUCAUCACGACUACCACAACCACUCUUUUUCAUUGCGAGUUGCCAAUGAUACUGAUAGGACUGAACUCUCAUCUGAUGCCACAACUGAAACAUCAUACUCAGAUGCCGAUAAAAUAGUUGAUAGUAUGGACUUUGGUGAGCUAUGCAAUGAAUUUGAGUGCAUCAGUAGUCCCUCAAUAGAAUCCACUGCAAGACAACUUGCUCGCGAUAUACUUGAGAUAAGGAGUGGGAAUCGAGCACUUGGAACCUAUGCAGUUUCAGUCACUUACAAGGAUCCUAUCAGGAGUUUUACUGGUCGUGAGAAGUAUAAGAGACCCCUAUGGGCAACUAUUGCACUAGACAACCCAUCUGUGACUGUGCAGGAAAUGACUAUGCUAUCAACAAGUGUUUUAAGUAUCAAGUGGACACUUAGAGGGAAACCUAAAUCUGUUCUAGCUGGGGUAGGAGGAGAUCUCAUACUCGGAGUUACUUCCAAGUUCACUCUUAAUCAAAUUAGUGGACAAGUCAUUCAGCAUGAAGAAUUAUGGGACUUAUCAGCUUCAUCUGCUAGUGCUCAAGCAUUUUUCUGGACGUCGCGUGUUCUGUUUGCUACCACUGAAUCUGUAAAAGAUUUGGCUGAUAGUGCCAAGAAUUUGAGUGCUAAUUUUUCAACCAAGAAAGAGAACAUGGAUAUAUAUCCAGAUCCUUCUGGUGAUCCAACCAAGUUCUUCCAGAAGGAUGAUAGCUUUCAACAAGAUAUAAUCCAGAUUGCACUAUUCCUGGCAGUUAUUUAUUUUGUGGUACAAGUUCUGAGGGUAACUUUGUAAAAAGUAUGUCUGUGUCUUAUUAUGAUCUGCAUUUUACAUCUCUUUUUUCAUGAAUAUAUCUAUCAGUAUACUGUGUAAUUAUCAUCUUAUAUAGUCAUAUAAUGUUGUUUUUGUCAAAGUUAUAAUAAAAUAUGUUCUGACUGUGUAUACGUACAUUCAGUUAGUU